UGGGCGCACGCCAGGGGCCUCUCCAGAGAGGGGCCUUUCCCUGGGCACAGGUUCACACACACCUGUAGGGGAACCGGGGCCUCACCCGCGGGUCUGGAUGGGUGCUGGGGUCCCGCUGGGGGCAUCCGAGAGCCGUGGGUCCCCCGCCCCUUCCCGCCCCGCCCCCGCGCGGCCCGUCCGCCCCGCCCCGCGGCCCCCAAAUGCCCCGCCGCUGCCCGCCGCCGGCCCUUCCGCCUCACUCAGCCGCGCUGCGGAGCGGACGGGCGCGGGCCAUGCUGCGGACGGCAGGGAAGGAGCUCGCCCUGGCGCCGCUGCAGGACUGGGGCGAGGAGACCGAGGACGGAGCGGUGUACAGCGUCUCCCUCCGGCGGCAGCGCAGUCAGCGCCUGAGCCCGAGGGAAGGGCCCGGCGACGGCCAGGCCCCCGGCCCCCAUGCCAGCACCUUCCUCCAUUACCGCACCAGCAAGGUGCGGAUGUUAAGGGCGGCGCACCUGGAGCGGCUGGUGCGGGAGCUGGUGUCUGUGGACCCUGAGCAGGACCCGGGCUUCGUCCCUGCCUUCCUGGCCACCCACCAGGCCUUUGUGCCCACCGCUCGGGUUUUGGGCCUUCUCCUGCCACCACCUCCGCCGCCCCUGCCCCCCUGGGUAGAGAUCAAGAAGACAGAGGGACAAGAUCUGAGCUUCAACAAGAACCUGAGGGCUGUGGUGUCUGUGCUGGGCUCCUGGCUGCGGGACCACCCUCAGGACUUCUGGGACCCCCCUGCCCACUCGGACCUGGGCAGAGUCCGGACCUUUCUGGGCUGGGCUGCCCCACUGGGGGCUGAGGCACUGGAAGCAGAGAAGCUGCUGAGAGACUUCCUGGAGGAGGCUGAGCAAGAGCAGGAAGAGGAGGAGCAGCCCCAGGCUUCCGCAGGGCCUCCUGGGACUGCCCGGACCCCCAGCCCAGACUCCCCCGAAGGCUACUUGGAAGAGGAGGAAGGGCUGGUGCAAGAAGGCCCUGAGCUGCUGGACUUCAGUGUAGACCAAGUGGCUGAGCAGCUGACUCUGAUGGACGUGGAACUCUUCUCCCGCGUGCGGCCCUGCGAGUGCCUGGGCUCCGUGUGGUCCCAACGGGACCGGCCAGGGGCCGCCGGCAUCGCCCCAACUGUGCGCGCCACUGUGACUCAGUUCAACCUGGUGACCGGCUGCGUGCUGGGCUCUGUGCUCGGGGCGCCGGGCCUGGCUGCCCCGCAGAGGGCGCAGCGGCUGGAAAAGUGGAUCCGCAUUGCCCAGCGCUGCAGGGAACUGCGGAACUUCUCCUCCCUGCGCGCCAUCCUGUCCGCCCUGCAGUCUAACCCCAUAUAUCGGCUCAAGAGCAGCUGGGGCGCUGUGAGCAGGGAACCAUUAUCCACGUUCAGGAAACUUUCGCAGAUUUUCUCAGAUGAGAACAACCAUCUCAGCAGCAGAGAGAUUCUUUCCCAGGAGGAGGCCACUGAGGGACCCCAAGAGGAGAAUACGCCCCCAGGGAGCCUGCCUUCGAAACUGCCCCCAGGCCCGGUUCCCUACCUUGGCACCUUUCUCACGGACCUGGUUAUGCUGGACACAGCCCUGCCGGACAUGCUAGAGGGAGAUCUCAUCAACUUUGAGAAGAGGAGGAAGGAGUGGGAGAUCCUGGCCCGAAUCCAGCAGUUGCAGAAGCGCUGUCGGAGCUACUGCCUGAGCCCCUGCCGGCCCAUCCUGGCUGCCUUGCGAGCCCAGCGCCAGCUCAGUGAGGAGCAGAGCUACCGUGUCUCCCGUGUCAUUGAACCACCAGCCGCCUCCUGUCCCAGCUCCCCACGUGUGCGGCGACGAAUCAGCCUCACCAAGCGUCUCAGUGCGAAGCUGUCCAGAGAGAGAGGCUCCUCUCCUGGUGGGAGUCCUGGGGACCCCUCAUCCCCCACCUCCAGUCUGUCCCCAGGGUCUCCCCCAUCUAGUCCUAGAAUGAGGGACCCUCCUCCUGGAAGUCCCCCAGCCUCUCCAGGGCCCCAAGGCUCCAGCGCCAAGUUGCCCCUGGCUUUGACCCUGAGCUGUCCUGGAAUCCCCCACGUGGGGCAGCAGGGCUCAGAGGCCCGGGUCAUCCGAGUCAGCAUCGACAAUGACCAUGGGAACCUGUAUCGGAGCAUUCUGCUCACGAGUCAGGACAAGGCCCCCAGUGUGGUGCAGAGAGCCUUGCAGAAGCACAAUGUGGCCCAGUUCUGGGCCCGUGACUACCAGCUCUUCCAAGUCCUUCCGGGGGAAAAGGAGCUCCUGAUUCCCGACAACGCCAAUGUCUUCUACGCCAUGAGUCCAGCCGCCCCUGGAGACUUCAUGCUGCGGCGGCGGAAGAGGAGGAGGCCCAGCACACAACCUCAGUCUCCCCGACCUGAGCUGGCCCUCUCCUGCCUCCAGGACACAGGUCCCAUGGGCAGCUUCUGUCACCAUGGGGGCAGGAAGGGCACUCCUCUCCCAGAAAGCUCCCAUUCCCCAGUAAAGUCCAUUGUGCUCCAUACCCUGUGGCCCCCUCCCCCCAACUUCACUGGGCCCCAUCCCACUGACCCUCUUGGCACUGGAUCCCUAUUCCAAAGUCUUCAGCUCACAGGGUGGCUGGUGGAGGGCUCUAUUGCAUACUGGGGGUCAGACCCUUCCCUAGAGAAAGCUUGUAACUGUUGGAGAUGCAUCACAAUGGACAGAAGUAGAUGAAAACAGUGACCAAAGAUAUGAAACAGGAGUCAGUCUUCUUUGUUUGGUGCCUGCGCCUCAUGUUCAUUCUUCAUUAAGAUUAAAAAAUGUAAAAGAAAAGAACCAAGAACCCUAAGGAAAGGAUUGGGUGAAGCAUGACCAGACACUGGGGGAGGGAGGCUGUCAUACACACAGGUUUCAGGACUCCCCCAACAUUUUGGGGGUAAUAUGCUGCUUUUCUGCUGUGUGUAUGGGAGAUGAAGAAAUGAAAUUCCAUUGGAAUCAGAGACAAAAACAUCAUCACCCAUGAGUGUCAAUAAGCUGUGAGGACAAAAGGUGAAGCUGAGUUCUCUCAGUACUGGGGUAGGAAGGAGAGACAGGUAGAGCCCAUCCUGGCAUGGCCCAGUGGUUGAGCAUCGACCUAUGAACCAGGAGGUCAUGGUUGGAUUUCCGGUCAGGGCACACGCCCGGGUUGCAGGUAGGGGACGUGCAGGAGGCAGCUGAUCAAUGAUUGGCUCAUCAUUGAAGUUUCUGUUUCUCCCUCUCUUUUCCUCUCUGAAAUAUAUAUGUAAUUUUUAUUUGUUUAAAGAAGAAGAAACAGGUCAAGAAGGCAGAGGUGGAGUGAGCUAUAGGGCAUCUACAACAGUCACAGCAAGAACAAUAACAUGCCCUCUUAUGAACUCUGCUCUGUGCUGGACGAUAACUAGGGGCUUUAUAUUUCACUGUAUUAAUCAAGAUUCUUUAUGUUUCAAGUGGUCAAAAAUCCAAUUCAAACAGGCGUAUGCAUAAAGGAAAUUAAUGGCUUGUGUAAUUUGAAAAAUUUAGUGGGUCCACUUCAGGUACAGUUGGAUCCAGGGACUGAAAAGAUGUCAGGAUUUUGUUGCUGUCUCUUGGCUCCAAUUUUGCUCUCAGAAUGAGACUGUCUGUUGUCCCCUCAAAUCCAAUCACCUUCUAUGGUGAUAGAACUAGUGACUUUUACCUGGUCACCCAGAGUAAAAACUGCCUUUCCAGUCUCCUUUUCAGCAAAUGUGAUCAUGUGACUAAGUCCUGGCCAAUGAGAUGUAAAAGGAAAGGAUGUGGGCAAAUACUAGGUCCUGCUCUUAAAGGGGUAGUCCUCCCCUUCCUCCUCUUCUGCCUCCCGCUGUGUGGAGUGGAUCCUGUGGGGUCGGGUGGGCCACACCCACUAAAUAACUGAGCAACAAAAGGAAAGGAGCAUGGAACCACCAUAUUGUAUUGCUGCUACUUGGAUUGUUGCAUAAGAGAGAAAUAAAUGUCCACUUUACUUGAACCACUAUUAUUUGGGUUUCUAUUACAGUAGCCAGAAGAACAUUUUAAGUAACAUAGCCCCACUCCAAGGCAGGCUCACACCUCCUGGGAGCAUUGCCAGGCUUACAUCCCACCGUCUCCUUCCUCCUAUGCAAGGAGAACAAACCCCUUUCUCCCAUCAGGCCCAGCAAAAGGCCCACAGCAGAUGCCCAUUGGACCAACUGAACCAGUAGCAGCGGUUCUCAACCUGUGGGUCGCGAACAAUGAAAAUACAUCCUGCAUAUCAGAUAUUUACAUUACGAUUCAUAACAGUAGCAAAAUUACAGUUAUGAAAUAGCAACAAACAUAAUGUUAUGGUUGGGGUCACCACCACAUGAGGAACUGUAUUAAAGGGUCGCUGCAUCCGGAAGGUUGAGAACCACUGGAGAGGAAUGAGAUACUAAUUAGCCAUGCCUGGGUCCUGGGCCCAUCCUUUGAGCUGGCAGAGGAGUCAAGUCUGGGAGGGCACAACAAUUGAAAUUCCAUUUGGGUGUUGUUACUAGGCGAAGGGAGAAUUCUGGUGAAUGGGCAAUAAAACAACCCCUAGGGUUCUAAACAUUGUCUUUGGAGCAAUAAUGGGGGAUGCUCAGGGCCUGCCUGGGGUAAGAGAGGAGAUAGAAGAAUCUAAGCAUCAUGUAGGGUCUGUUAAAAGACAGAUUACAGCUUUGGCCGGUUUGGCUCAGUGGAUAGAGCAUCAGUCCUCAGACAGAAGGGUCCCGAGUUCCAUUUAGGUUAAGGGCAUGUACCUCGGUUGGUGUCUCAUAUCAUCCAUGUUUCAGUCAAGGCACAUGCCCGGGUUGUGGGCUCAAUCCCCAGUAGAAGGCGUGCAGGAGGCAGCCGAUCAAUGAUUCUCAUCAUUGAUAUUUCUAUAUCUCGCUCUCUCUCCCUUCCUCCCUGAAAUCAAUA